AUUUAGUGUAAUGGGCACGUUAAUGCAUUUCUGACUUUAGCGGCAAGCAAAUGCGAUUUCGUUUGUAGUUUUGAGUUAUUGUCUCCUCUAUAAAUUGACCAAAACCUUGUUCUCUUCACCAUAAUAUACUUAGACACAAAACAAACAAACAAAAAUAUCUUAGUGAGCUUAAUCAAGAACAGCAAUGGCAGACGAGGUGAUUCUUCUUGAUUUCUGGCCGAGCAUGUUUGGAAUGAGGACGAGGAUUGCUUUAGAAGAGAAAAAUGUCAAAUUCGAUUACAGAGAACAAGAUCUGUGGAACAAAAGCCCGAUUCUCCUCGAGAUGAAUCCGGUUCAUAAGAAAAUACCGGUUCUCAUCCACAAUGGUAAUCCGGUAUGUGAAUCACUCAUCCAGAUCGAAUACAUCGACGAAGUUUGGCCUAGCAAAACCCCACUUCUUCCUUCUGAUCCUUACCAAAGAGCUCAGGCCAAAUUUUGGGGAGAUUUCAUUGAUAAGAAGGUGUAUGCUUCAGCGAGGUUGAUUUGGGGAGCUAAAGGCGAAGAGCAUGAGGCGGGGAAGAAGGAGUUCAUCGAGAUACUCAAGACACUAGAGUCUGAGCUUGGAGACAAGACUUACUUUGGAGGUGAAACAUUCGGUUAUGUUGAUAUAGCUCUCAUUGGAUUUUACAGUUGGUUUGAAGCGUAUGAGAAGUUUGGGAGUUUCAGCAUUGAAGCCGAGUGUCCAAAACUGAUUGCUUGGGGUAAAAGGUGUGUGGAGAGAGAGAGUGUGGCUAAGUCUCUUCCUGAUUCGGAGAAGAUCAUUAAGUUCGUUCCUGAGCUAAGGAAAAAACUUGGGAUCGAAAUCGAAUAGAUUCUACGCUGAUAUGUUUUUAUGUUUCUGUUUGUGUUGCUGUUUCUGCUCUGUUUCAUGUUCUGUUUCUUCCUUGUUUCGGAAAUCUUUAAGAUAAUGUCAUCAAAAUAAUACAAAUAUUUACUUGAAAAUUCGGUUGGGGUGGUUAAGCAUGCGUAAUACGUUG